CCGGCCAGGGUUGGCUUAACGGAGGGGUGUCCACGACCCCGAUGCCUUGAACCACGGUGGGACGCCGUGAAAAGUCAGAGUGACCAUUUAAAAACGAGACGUAGGACGCUCAAUUAAAGAAUAACCACGGACGCCUUCUAGUUGUCAAGUGCCGGGGAUAAAAGAUGAAUGAGGACCUUUCUUGACUAAAGGAGUCUGGUAGCUGGAGACACACGGGCUGAGCACGCCGUCACAUCCUGGCCACCAGCAAAUCUAUUGGUUUUACCUCCAAAAUAUGUCUUGACUUUGCUUCUUUACCACCACCCUGGUCUAAGCCCCUAUCAUCUCCUACUUGGAUCAGGGCCCUCAGUCUUCUGGGAGAGAGUGUGAAGAUGCUGAAAGAGCGUCCAGGGAUGGCGGAAGACCCUCAGCCGCAAAUGGGCGUGCCUGUGGUCAAACUAGAGAAAGAGUUGCCGUGGGGCAGGGCAAGGGAGGACCCCAGUCCUGAGACUUUUCGUCUGCGAUUUCGGCAGUUCCGCUACCAGGAGGCGGCAGGUCCCCAGGAGGCCCUCAGGGAGCUCCAGGAGCUCUGUCGCCGGUGGCUGAGGCCUGAGCUGCACACCAAGGAGCAGAUCCUGGAGCUGCUGGUGCUGGAGCAGUUCUUGACCAUCCUGCCUCGGGAGUUCUACGCCUGGAUUCAGGAGCAUGGCCUGGAGAGCGGCAGGGCCUUGGUGGCCAUGGUGGAGGACCUCACAGAGAGAGCCCUGGAUGCCAAGGCGGUUCCGUGCCACGUGCAGGGAGAGCAGGAGGAGACGGCGCUUUGCAGAGGCCCUUGGGAAGCAGGCGUCCACCUGGGGCCUGUGGAAGUCAAGCCUGAGUGGGGGAUGCCCCAUGGGGAAGGCGUUCAACGUCUAGACCAAGGCGCUGAGGAGCAGCUCAGCCAGGACCCUGGAGGUGGGAUGCAGGCCUUCCAGGAGCAGGCUCUGCCGGUUCUUCAGGCUGGUCCUGGCCUCCCUGCAGUAAACACCAGAGACCAAGAGAUGGCAGCUGGGUUCCUUACAGCCGGACCCCAGGGGUUGGGCUCAUUUAAAGAUAUAGCCCUGGCUUUCCCCGAGGAGGAGUGGAGGCACGUGGCCCCAGCCCAGAUAGACUGCUUUGGGGAAUACGUGGAGCCCCAGGACUGCGGGGUCUCACCUCCAGGCACUGGGAGCAAGGGGAAGGAGGCAAGGACCCAGCAGGCAGACCUCAAGGGGCCGCUUACUCGGGUGUCGUCAGAGAGGUUUGAGGAAGCCGUGGUCCAGGGGCCCGAGCUUGGAAGGACCUGUGAGCAGGAGGCCGGCAGCUCGGCGGGAAACAUCCCGGGGCCGCCUCCUCCCCAGCACGGCGUCGUCCCCCUGCCCGGUGACCUCAAGACCCACAGCUCCUUCUGGAAGCCUUUCCAGUGCCCCGAGUGUGGAAAAGGCUUCAGUCGGAGCUCCAAUCUGGUCAGACACCAGCGGACCCACGAAGAAGAGAAGGCCUAUGGCUGCGUUGAGUGUGGGAAGGGGUUCACCCUGCGGGAGUACCUCAGGAAGCACCAGAGGACCCACCUGGGGAAGCGGCCCUACGUGUGCAGCGAGUGCUGGAAGGCCUUCAGCCAGAGGCACCACCUGGAGGUCCACCGGAGGAGCCACACCGGGGAGAAGCCCUACACGUGCGGGGACUGCUGGAGGAGCUUCAGCCGCAGGCAGCACCUUCAGGUGCAUCGGAGGACGCACACCGGGGAGAAGCCCUACACCUGUGAGUGCGGCAAGAGCUUCAGCAGGAAUGCCAACCUGGCCGUGCACCGGCGGGCCCACACCGGGGAGAAGCCCUACGGCUGCCAGGUGUGCGGGAAGCGCUUCAGUAAGGGCGAGCGGCUGGUCAGACACCAGAGGAUCCACACCGGGGAGAAGCCCUACCGCUGUCCUGCCUGUGGGCGGAGCUUCAACCAGAGGUCCAUCCUCAACCGGCACCAGAAGACCCAGCAUCGCCAGGAGAGCCCGGUGCAGUGAGGAGGAGGCGGGUCCUUCCAGGACCGCCGGGCCGGGGGAGAGCUCGCUGGAGGACGCGCUCACCUCCACUCACUGCAGGGCGGCGGGUGUCCAGGAGCGACGGGCGCAGAAGGCACUUUGACCCCUUUCCCUCCCACUCGCUCUUAAAUGCAGGGAAAGGGCAAGGCCUGGCUUACAUGAGUUGCCAGAGGGCACAGGGUCUCAUGGCUCCUACCCAAGUGGUGCUAACACUCUCUCACCAUCUCUUGGGGAAGCGAGAUCCCGGGUUUCGGUCCAGGUUGGGGUUCCCCUCCUUCAGUGGAUGUUCACAUCCACCUUCUGAGCGAGUCCGGUUGUCAAGGCGAAGUCUUGUCCCACGUCGGCAGCUUGAACCUCGUUUUUCUGAGGGCUGUUAUCUUUGCAAGAUCAUUAGCUCAGACUCUGUCUCCCUGCGCCCCACGCUUUCCCAUUUAACAAAUAUUUACUGCACACCUACUGUGCGCCUGGCGCUGGGAGCACAGCGAAUGAGACAGAUGAGACCUCGUUCCCGGAGCUCAUGGUUGGGCGCUGGAUGCGCUCUCGAGGCUGGUAAUGACCCGGAGUGCCGACCUUUCCCUCUGCAGUUGGAGUCGCUCAGGCAGCCUGGGUCAUUUUACUUCAUUCUUCGCCCCCUUUGUCUCUGUAGUAUCCUACCCUCACCUGUCGUCUCCCCCUUCCUCUGUUCCUGGUACAGUAAUACCAGUACAUACAUCUGUUAGAAGAUUAAUAUUUUGCUGUUGAUCACUGAAUAAACAUGAGAGUAUUUUACAAAAACAUCCAGUUCUGUAUAAAGAUCUAAUUAAAUGAAUCUGAAAGAUGAGCUAGUAUUAAUACCCUGUAUUUGAUGGCACUUUACAGUAUGUAAAGUAUGCUUCCCUAGUUUCUUGCUUCACUCAUUCCGCAGAUGUUCAGUGAGGGCCGACGGUGCCCGGAGCUCUUGUAAGUGCUCCGGAUACAUCAGUGAAUCAAACCGGGGGAAGAGCCCUGUCCUGAUGGAGCUUGUGUUUUUGUGAAUGUGUUUGAUCUUCAGAACCACCCAAGGUGGAACCUGUGGAUGCUCCCAGGAGCCCUAUGGGACUGCCAUCUGAGCCUGUGCCUCGGUCCUGUCAGCUUCUUGCCCAGAAACGUGUUCGUCACCACCUACCUCUCAUUGCCAAAUAACCUCUGUCCUCGGUGCACCUUGGUCCUUGACAUCUGACAGGUGUUCGGGAUCCUCAGUGCCACCUGGACGUGGUAAGAUGGUGACAGUCUGUUGUGCAUGAGUGCCAAUGUAGGAAAAAGAAAGAUGUUUGUAGGUGUUAAAAGAAUAGAUUGUUUUUUUAUUAAUGAGAAGAUGCAGUAUUUGUAACUGAGUUUAAGCUUUCUUACAGUAUCUUGCCAUCAUUAAAGGGUUUCCUUUGUCUUGGACGUUCUGGGAACCGCAGGACUAGCGCGGACUGUGCUGCAGUGUGAGUGCUGUGUCCUUGGACGCUGGCAGCUGAGUAAGUUAGUCCUGGAAGUCCUGUUUGUCAGUUUGUCUUCUGACAGCGUCCUGUAAUCGCAAGGUGUGAUCUGCCCCGUCGUGCCUCUUAAUAUGGUGUUCUCUCGCUGGGGGUUCUCUUUCCCCGUUUUUCCUGUAAAUAAGAUGAACGGUCAUGACUUUAACACAGAGAGUUGCAGGACCCAGCCCACUCUGCAACACAUUUUAGCACUCAUUUCUUGGCAGGUAUCCAGGGUGUUGACUUUUGAUUUAGCAGGUGACCUCCUGGCCCCUCAGCUGUCCCCACGGGGCCGCACUGACCAGGGUGUGAGGGAGACGUCCACCCUGAGGCGCUGGGCUGCUGCCACUUCCGGCAGCGUCGCGGUCUGGAUGCAGAGCCUGCUGCUUUCCCGCCCGCUCCACAGGCAGGCCGGGCAGCGCCGACAGCCGCCUGGCAGCCAGACCCAGUGGAAGGCUUUUCCUCGGCCCCUGGCCUCCAGUCUGUAGGAUGUGGGGGCUGACCUAACGCAAGUUUGGCCUUUUCUGGGAGGCCUGUAUUCCAAAGCUAGGCAAGGAGCGCAGAGCCGCCGCGGGCUGGGAGUUGCUUGCCAGGGGUCUUCUGUUUACGUGGAUUACAUUGUGGGUUCUCUGACUAUACGUCUGGACAAACGAGUGUCUGGGUUUUCGGCCAGUGGCAGCUUUUGAAGGAAGCUUCUGUGAGAGUCAGGCCUUGCUGUCACUCCCACGUGUGCCCCGCUGUCUGCUUUGAGACUGAUGCUUAUGGACAGGCAGUUCCUCAGAAAAGCUUCGAAAGAGAAUUUUCCCCAUGGGGUUGUAGUAGCCUUAUUUUUGAUGUCUUUUCAAAUGUCAAGUAUUUUAUUUUCUGUAUUUUUCUAUUUAGAAACUUUUUAUGAUAGAAAACUUCAAACAUAUAUAAACAGUUCCUCUUGUAAUCUUUCAGCUUUAACCGUCAUAUGCUCAUAGCCGAUCUUGUUUCAUCUCUGCCCCGUCCUCCUUCCCAUCUUCCUCCCCAACCAAAGUAUUUUGAAGCAAAUCCCAAAUGUUGUUUGUAGAUAUUUCAGUGCAUGCCUCUAAAGGGUAAGGAUUCUUAAAAAAACAAAAACAAAAACAAAAUACUAUUGUCAUACCUAAACAUCGAACAAGUCCUUAAUUCCCAAUUAAUGUUUUUUAAAAAGCCACAUAGUUUUUAAGAAGCUUCUUUGAGUUAAGGUCCAAGUAAGAUCCAUACAUUGUAAUUGGCUGCUGUGUCUUCUAAGUCUAAUAGUCUGUAGUUCUUACCCUUUUUCCUUUUGAAAUUCAUUCAUUGAAACAACUGGGUUAUUUAUCAUGCAGAAUUUCUCACAUUCUGAAUUUUGUUUGUGUGCUCAUGGCAUUGUUGAAUGUAGUUCUCUGCCCUCUGAUUAGCUAAGAACUUGCAGGUGUAGAGGUGUUGCCAGACUCGCAUUUCACGUUUUGGCAGGAACAUAUUACAGCUGGUGGCAUGUCUGCUUGUUUCUCAUUAUAUGAUGUUAGGAGCCUAAAUCCAUUUAUUUUGCUAAUUCUAGAGAAGAUCCUUUAUUAAUUAGCUGGAACGCUUCUGUAAGGAAAAUUUCCCUCACUGGUAGAUACAAUUCACAGAGGAAAGGAAGUGCUUGAUUUUUCCUUCCUUCCCUUUAUCUACUUGUCUUCACAGUACUGAUCUGGGUAUUUUGCUUCCCAUAAAAGUGAUGAUUAUUUUUUAAUGAAAAUGCAUUCACAGGUUUAGACCAGUCCACUGCAGUUAUGAUUCUUACUGAUGCUCCAAUCAUUUUACUUUUGGCCAGUGGGAGCCUCUUCAUGCUGGCUCCUGAAUUCCUUUUGACAGGACCCUGAUCAUCUUGGAUGGGUUCUUUGCUCUCUGGUGUGACAGGAUGUUCCAAGCUCAUCUUGUACAUUUCCCACCCCUUUUGCGAGUGAAGGGAAGUGCUAUUAAUCAAGUUAGAACAGUGAUAUAAACUGGGACCCCAGGGCAAACGGGGACAUACGGUCACUUUAUAUUUAGCCCUCCUCGUGUACAAUUGGGCGUCUGCAGUUCCCUCACGCAAGGGUGAUGCUGUGUGCUCUCUGGGCCUGGCUGUGUGUGCCAGGCUGCUCUGAGGGUGAGGAAGGUUGCCAUACACAGGUGUGAACUUUGUAAGAGGAGCUGCUGUUUUAUCACCUGGGUUGCAGCAGAACCAGGUGACUUUCUGCCUGAGAUCUGUCUUGGGAAGCUAAUGCUUUAGAAAAUUGCUUCUUGAAUCGUAUGCCAUGAAUGUUGUCUGCAGGCUGAGUAACUGUGCUCAGAUACUUUCAGUACCUGUUUUAUCCCAGCUUAAGGACUAGUAGAGGAACCUUUGUUUCUUAAAAAAUAAGCUGGUUUCAGGUCCCCCUUGCAAUGCAAGUUGACUUCAUCCACUUCAAGUCGGGGAAAGUAGUUGCUGAACAUGUCUCUCUAGAGUCUGCUUGCUUUUUUAAACUCUGCCCAAGUUUCUCAGCCUCGGCACUAUUGACAUUUUGUGCCAAGUAAUCCUUUGUCUUGGAGGCUGUCCAGGCUGUUUUGUGCAUUGUAGGCUGUUUCGCAGGAUCCUUGGCCUUGAUCUAUUCAGUGCCAAUUGUGAUAACUCAGAAUGUCUCCAGAUGUUGCCAGAAAUCCCCUGGGGGGCAGAACUGACUCUAGCUGAGAACCCUUGUUUCUUAGCUUUCAGGAUAAGAGGUGAAGCGAAUUAAGAUGGUUUAGCUGUUGAACAGAAGGACUUGGAUUCCAAGGACUGGACCUGUUUUCUGCUAACCUUAUAGAGCCUUGGCCUAAUUUCUAGAAAACAAAGGCGUUUUACUGGUGAUCAUGUGGGUUAAAUGUAAUAUUGCCAGGCAGAGCCCAGAGCUACUGAAGUAGAAGCUGAGGCAGCGGUGCUGAGAGUCUGUAACAGGCAGCUGUGGUGGUCCCUGUGCGGCAGCCGGCUGGUUGCUUUGGGCUCCUGUCAGGGCAGCGCCUGCAGUGAAGCGUGCACGCAACAGUGAGCCUUGGCUCGGGCCCGGACUCCCCUUCCCCAGUACCUGCACGUACGUAGUGGGGCCACUUCAGCUCAGUCCAGCUAGCUCCCACCUUUUUUGCCCUAACAGUUAGGUCUUCAAGGCACACAGUAGGCAGUGAAUACUUGAAUGAAUGAAAGCCUGGAUUUCUGCCUUUUUCAUAGCUUGAAGGCUCUCUAGAGGAUGCCUUAGGAGGGAAGGACACUAUAGCAGAUUGUCUCCUGCUGGUCUCCCAGUCCGGCAGUCGUCUGUCGCUGUCGCCCCACCAAUUGCAGUGACAUCGAAUUUACUUAGAAAACCCACAAGUCAAAGAAGUUCACUUGGAACUUUGACAGUUUCAUAUUCCUAUCUUGCCUUUUUUCUUUCUUUUUUUGAUCUCAGUGAAGGGCAUAUUUCUAGGGAUAGGUCUUGUCCAGCCCAUUCCCAGGAUUGUCAUGUUUCAAUAAAAAAUUACCGUAGACAUUUGUCAUGAAGUGGGGAAGGUAGGCGAUCCUUGUGUCUGUCGCUGGGAACUUCAGCUGCUGGGAGAGUGAGGGUGGAGGGCAGGUGCUGUGCCCUAGAACGAGGGGGACUUAGGAGAAGCAGUUUUGGAAGAAUCAAUAGAUUCCAGUAAAAGGGCCACCAUCACUGCCAUGUGCACCAGUCACAACUCCGUCGUCCAAGUGGCCAGAGACGAGGAGAUGCAGCAAACCCAAGAGCUCGCAUCAUCUGUUUCUCUUUCCUACAUAAAACAUGUAUUCCCUUGAGUAGGUGGUAUGUAAGCUUUUAGCUAGAGACUGGGAAAAAAGAGGUGGUAGAAAUCUGUAUGUGCCUUCUUGAUUCCUGCCUCCAGAAGCCAUUUGAGCCCCACAACAUCUCCAUGUCUGUGAGAAAUUUGAGGAAAAUCCAGUCUUGGUUAUGAUGUUUCACUGACUCCAGCGGGAGGGCUCAAUGUGCCACGUGGGCAGGAAGAGGAGGGUGAACGAUGAGCAGGUUACCGCUGACAGCCAGUCUUCUCUUUAGGUUUUCCUAGUCUUCAUUUCUAAGAGUUCCUGCUGCCUAGACUCAAGUGCUUACGGAAAGAAUGGGAAAUAAAUGAUGGAAAAACCAACAGUUAAAACAAUGUGGUAGAAGCACAAAUGGACCAAUGGGACAGAGUAAAAGGUUGAGAAAUAGACCCAACUGCCUGUAGAGAUCCAGUGUAUGACAAAGGUGGCAUCUCAGCUUCCUGGGCAGAAACUGAGUUUCUAUAAAAUGGUACUGUGAUACCCAGGUAACCAUUUGGAAAAAGAAAAAAUAGAUCAUUUGUCCCACCAUAUUCAAGAAUAAACGUCAAGUGAAUGAGGAACCUAAAGGAAAAAAGUGAAACUAUACAAGUACUAGAAGACAAUGUGGAUGACUUCCUCUGAAACAUGGGUUCAGAAAGGCUUUUAAAUGUGACUCAAAAUCCAGAUGCAAUAAAAGAAAAGAUUGAUGAAUUCCUUCAUAAAACAUUUAAAACUUCUGAAUGGCAGAAACAGCAACCAAAGACAAAUGACAGAUUGGGAGAAACAAUUGCAACAUAAUGCAGAGGUAUAUUCCUAAUAUACCAAGAACUUUCUUAAAAAAAAAAGUUCCUUUUUUAAAAAAGAAAAAAACCCCCCAAAAUCCUAUGGGAAAAUUGACAAACUUGCAUUCACAAAAAAGGUAAAAAUGGCUCAAACAUAUGGAAAGGUGUUCACCUUCAUUCAUAAUGAAAUAAAUGCCUAUUAAAACUA